GUAUCGCGGGCCGGAAGUGUAGCGUUGCCAUGGCGAGGGCCGGGCGCGGGGCCCGUCCCCCGCAGCGCCUCUGGGAGCGCGGGGCCCACUGACCCGCGGAAGCCCGCGGACCCACUUGCGCGGCGGCCGGUGCGGGGCGCGAGAUGACUCAGGCUGCUGGCUUCUUUCAUUUAGGCAUCUGGGCCUUUGACACCUUGCGGUGAGGUGCUGGCACACGGGCAAGAAGUCCUAGAAGAGAGGCCUGCAGAUUCUGCUCUCAGCAAGCCUGUCGUCUAGUGGAAGAGACUGGCCAGGACACACACCCACGUGUGGAUGCCGCUGUGGGUUGGCGGCAGGGCUCGAGAGUGUGUGCUGUCAGGCACAUGAACGGUCGCGUCUUCAAAGGUGUGCAGCUGCCGGAAGGGGAGGUGCUCGUGAAGACGCUGUCGGCUGGCCGCCUGUGCCCUUGGUGCCCUGGCUGCCUAGAGAGCCUCAGCCCUGGGCCCUGGGGCCAGGACUCCAGGACUCUGACCACCUGCCCUCCCGCAGCCUCUGUGGCUGCACCUCCUCAUUAGCACUGAUGCUAGCACUGAUGCACUGAUCUCAAACACAGGGGACCCAGCCGGGAGGCGUUGCAGGGCUGGGCCAUGGCUGCUCCCAGGCCCUAUCCAGGCUCCUGAGCCUAGAAGGUGAAAAGAGGGCUCUCAGGGACUCUCAGGGGCUCGCUGCUGAUUGGCCCUGCCCUCCCUUCCCCCUCAGCAAGGUGCCAGGAAGCUGGAACUUUGUUAUCUGGGUAAUUAGCUUCAGACCCUGGACUGAGGCCGGCCAGGUCUCAGGGCUGCUUCCCACAGGCUGUGCACCCUGACCCCUGGAGGGAGGCGAGGUGCUGCCAGUCGACAGCUGGAGACUGGCCUGGGGAUCAGGUUCGGGGUGCCCUCCUACGCUGCCCUCCCUGCCCCGGCUCACCCCCCAGGGCCGCCUGGGCCUGGUAAUCGCGUGGGGCCUCCUGACCCAGCCAAGAGCACGGAGCUUUGGGAAGGGGAUGCCCCCAAGGGUGUCAGUCCAGUCAGCUGCCCCACCCCUCAGGCCCAGCCUGGCCCCCAAGCUCCCCACUCUGGUGCCCCAAGCAGCCCCGUGGGCAAUCAGCCCCCGCCAUGGCCGAGCACCUGGAGCUGCUGGCAGAGAUGCCCAUGGUGGGCAGGAUGAGCACGCAGGAGCGGCUGAAGCACGCCCAGAAGCGCCGUGCCCAGCAGGUGAAGAUGUGGGCCCAGGCUGAGAAGGAGGCCCAGGGCAAGAAGGGCCCUGGGGAGCGCCCCCGGAAGGAGGCAGCUGGCCGAGGGCCCCGGAAGCAGGUCCUCUUUCCCCCCAGUGUUGUCUUUCUGGAGGCUGCUGCCCGAAAUGACCUAGAGGAAGUCCGCCAGUUCCUUGGGAGCGGGGUCAGUCCUGACCUGGCCAACGAGGACGGCCUGACGGCCCUGCACCAGUGCUGCAUCGAUGACUCCCGGGAGAUGGUGCAGCAGCUCCUGGAGUCAGGGGCCAGCGUCAAUGCCUGCGACAGCGAGUGCUGGACGCCUCUGCAUGCUGCGGCCACCUGUGGCCACCUGCACCUGGUGGAGCUACUCAUCUCCAGUGGUGCCGAUCUCCUGGCAGUCAACACCGAUGGGAACAUGCCUUACGACCUGUGUGACGACGAGCAGACGCUGGACUGCCUGGAGACCGCCAUGGCCGACCGCGGCAUCACCCAGGACAGCAUCGAGGCCGCCCGCGCCGUGCCGGAACUACGCAUGCUGGACGACAUCCGGAGCCGGCUGCAGGCCGGGGCAGACCUCCAUGCCCCCCUGGACCACGGGGCCACACUGCUGCACAUCGCAGCAGCCAACGGGUUCAGCGAGGCGGCUGCCCUGCUGCUGGAGCACCGAGCCAGCCUGAGCGCUAAGGACCAAGACGGCUGGGAGCCGCUGCACGCCGCGGCCUACUGGGGCCAGGUGCCCCUGGUGGAGCUGCUCGUGGCGCACGGGGCCGACCUGAACGCGAAGUCCCUGAUGGACGAGACACCCCUUGAUGUGUGCGGGGACGAGGAGGUGCGGGCCAAGCUGCUGGAGUUGAAGCACAAGCAUGACGCCCUCCUGCGCGCCCAGGGCCGCCAGCGCCCCUUGCUGCGCCGCCGCACCUCCAGCGCAGGCAGCCGCGGGAAGGUGGUGAGGCGGGUGAGCCUGACCCAGCGAACCGACCUGUACCGCAAGCAGCAUGCCCAGGAGGCCAUCGUGUGGCAACAGCCGCCACCCACCAGCCCGGAGCCGCCCGAAGACAACGAUGAUGGCCAGACUGACGCCGAGCUCGGGCCGCCGCCCCCAGAGGAUGACAGCCCCGAAGUGGCUAGGCCGCACAAUGGCCGAGUAGGGGGCUCCCCAGCCCGGCAUCUGUACUCCAAGCGACUGGACCGGAUCGUCUCUUACCAGCUGAGCCCCCCAGACAGCACCACCCCCCACACCCUGGUCCACAACAAGGCCCACCACACCCUGGCUGACCUGAAGCGCCAGCGAGCUGCCGCCAAGCUGCAACGAACCCCGCCUGAGGGGCCCGAGGGCCCCGGGGCCACUGAGCCUGGCCUGCCUGGUGACACGGAGACCCCCCAGCCUGACUGUGGCUUCAGGGCCGGCGGGGACCCACCCCUGCUCAAGCUCACGGCUCCGGCGGUGGAGGUGCCUGUGGAGAGGAGACCAUGCUGCCUGCUCAUGUGAGGCGGUUGCUCAGCGUGCAGGGGCCCCGUCCCAGGCACAGCCCGAGGCUGCUCCCCACGGUGCGUGGCCCGGUGCUGCAGGAGGGCAGGACACUGGCCCCUCUCAGGGCAGAAGACAUGCCUGGGGGACAUCUGGUUGCAAAGACUAUUUUUAUCCUGCGACUUUGAUAAAGGGCUGUUUGCCACGGA